UCCCAAAAAGAAAUGCUAUUCAAACGAAACUUUUGCGGAAUUUAAUUGUUUAAAUAAAAUUAGUGUUGAUUAGAGUUAAAAAUUGAAAUAUUUUAUUUCAAAUAAUUAAACUACAAGCACAGCAUUCGAUCAGUGGUUGGCCGUCUAUUGAGUAUCACUGGUAUCUAUUAUUAUAUUGGCUAUUUCUUCAUCUUUCAUCAUACCGCUAUUAUUGAGUGUACACUUGGAUUUGUGGAGUCCGGCUAUGGCGGAUCAGUCGUCAGUACUAGCGUUGGUAAUUUUAGCGGUAGGAGUUACUGUCCACUUUUCGUUGCAUAAAGUAGAGGAGGGCCAUGUAGGAGUUUAUUAUCGGGGAGGGGCACUUCUUCCAGUAACAAGCCAACCUGGUUUUCACAUGAUGAUACCUCUUUUAACAUCUUAUAAAGCUAUACAGACAACUCUACAGACUGAUGAAGUUAAAAAUGUGCCUUGUGGUACCAGUGGUGGAGUGAUGAUAUAUUUUGAGAGAAUUGAAGUUGUUAAUAAGUUGGAACCAAGCAGUGUUCUAGAUAUGGUGCGUAAUUUUACAGCAGAGUAUGAUAAAACAUUAAUAUUCAACAAAGUGCAUCAUGAGCUGAAUCAAUUCUGCAGUGCACACUCUUUACAUGAAGUUUAUAUUGACCUGUUUGAUCAGAUUGAUGAGAACUUAAGGACUGCUUUACAAAAAGAUUUGAAUGAAAUGGCACCUGGGUUAAGAGUGCAGGCAGUUAGAGUAACCAAACCAAAGAUUCCAGAAGCAAUCAGGAAAAAUUAUGAACUUAUGGAGGCUGAGAAAUCUAAACUGCUUAUUGCAGCACAACACCAAAAAGUUGUAGAGAAAGAAGCCGAAACAGCUCGUCGCAAGGCAGUCAUUGAAGCAGAGAAAGAAGCCCAAGUAGCUAAAAUUCAGUAUGAACAAAAAAUUAUGGAGAAAGAAUCAUUGCAAAAAAUUGAGCUGAUUGAGGAUAGUAUUCAUAAAGCUAAACAACAAACUAAAGCAGAGGCAGACUACUAUCACUUGAAGAAGCAGGCUGAAGCUAACAAACAGCUUUUGACUAAAGAAUAUUUAGAGCUAAAAAAGUAUGAGGCACUUAGUUUAAAUAAUAAAGUCUAUUUUGGAAGUGAUAUACCAAAUAUGUUUUUACAGGCCAAUGUUGGAGAAAGUACUCAAAAAAAUGUCCUUGUUGAAUGAGUUUCACUUUUCUAUAUGAAGCUAGUCAUUGAAUAAUUUAUCUCAUUUGAGUUUAUGGAACAAUUUUUUUUGUAAAUAAAAUAUCAGUAGUAUGAUUGUGAUAUAUUUUUAAGGGAAUUGAUUUAUAACAAUUAUUUCAUGACUGAGAUUUUGAAUAAAUAUGUGGCAAAAAUUGACUUAAGUUUUUUAGCUGGUGUGUUGCAAUACUGGUGUAUAUUUAUAGCUUUUCU